AUGGCUGAGACCAAUAAUAAAGAGGACAAUCCUGAUUCCGAUGAUCCAGUGGUAAUUUUAAGAAAAUCCUGGUGCGAUUACUUCGAGUUUGAAGUCGAGUGUCCAGUGUGCUAUGACAUUCCAGAGGGAAAUAUUUUUCAAUGUACAGAAGGACACAGCUUUUGCCAUAUUUGUGUUAAAAAAGUUGAUGUAUGUCCGCUGUGUGACUCUAAGUUCACUGGAACACGAAACCGAGUCCUGGAAAAACUAAUUCCUAAAAUUAUCGAAUUUAAGGAAUGUUUGAUGGAUCCAUCAAAGGAGACCGAAAAAUGCUUACGGGUCAAGAAAGUCUGUCGCUCGACACAAACACUAGAGGAACCCUCUGAGAAGAAGCUCGAGGCUGUGCCAGAAGCAGUAGGCGAUGAUAAUAACAAUAAUAAUAAUAAGAGUGAGGAAAAAUAG